AUGUCGCACGUCGAAGAUUGGUCCGAGGGAGACUUUGACCUGGAGCACACAGAGCUUCGUACGGAUCAUGUCACUUUGCAACAUGUCGACAUCCUCGCCUCCACCUCUGCUCACGUCCAGCUCGAUGGUCAGCCCAACUGGGGCGACGACUUCCCGGAGGACACGCUGGAUGAUGGCUCGGAUGAACAGACCGACACCAUAAAGCUUUCCACAGCUGCCAGCUCGGCUCUGAAACGCAUGCUCGACGUCAGCAAAGCUUCCACAUCCUCUACGCAGCACACCACUCAAGACGAUGACCUUGACGCUCAACUUCGUCCUCCCGCGCUCGACCUUGCACGUAUCUCUCAGCAUACCAACACCAAUCAGCUCUCAGCCGAUGACCUGGAGCACGAAGACAUGAACGCAUGUUCUUCCGCCAGUCUCAGCACCUCAGCCAGCACAAGCUAUCGUAGCAUGAUGGGCCUCUCCACCGACUUGACUGACCCCGAUAGCCCUCACAGCAAGAAUAGCGCGCGGCAUACCUCGAGCCUCUCCUCGCACAGCUCAGACCGCGCUCGAUCCGAUCGCGAGAUCCACUCAUCCGGGCCCGAAGAGUCUCUUGAGAUGGACUUUGAGCUUGCACCAGACAUGAACAACCUCAGUCUAUGUUCGUCUCUGUCUCGUGCUCGCUCCAACACCUCUCUCAGCCAUGUCAGCAGGGACACCUGGGAUGACGACCUAGGCGCUAGCGCUCCUCCCUCCAGCACUAUGCACACCUCGGCCUCGUCCCUGCACCCACCUUCCCUUUCUUCUCAUCGUCCUGCCUCCAUCAAGAGUCUUUCUGGCGAGAGUGAUGCCGACGACGAGCACGAGGAUUUGCUGGAGGGUCUCGAUCUGGAAGGCAGCAUCUUUCAAGCUCAUCUUGAACACUCCACUCAAACAGCUCCUGUAGUCAAAGCAGAGCUUGAGGCAAUGCUCGACCUCAGACGUUCUGGGAACCAGGCGGAGUCUUCCGAAAAUCAGAGUCAGAGCGCUGACUCGGACGCCGGUAUCGCAGCCGGUUUGGUCAUCACCGACGACUUUGACCUAUCAUCCAGUCGCAUUGCAGCUCGUGGACUUCCUGCAAGACCUUAUCAACCGCCUAACGCCCGAAAUGCCGCCCACAGUCUUGGUGUCGAAAGCACCACAGCGCAGCGCCCGUACGUUCAGUUUAGUCAUGACGACGGUGAUCGUGGUCAUCCUACCCGCACCGCCUCGCAGCACUCUUCCAGCACACCGUCCCUGGGAGCUGUUUCUUCACAAGCCCUAGCAACUCGCUCAGAAUUUCGAGGCGCUCAUCGCAACCGACUUCGCUUCAAGCGCUCUGCGAGUGACUUGCAAGCACAUUUGUCCAAGGCCGCGCCCGACAUCGCAUCUGCUGCUCCCAGUCGCCCAACCAAUCGUGGCAGUCAGCUCACACGCAAGAGGUCUUUACCUUCAAUGAGGACUUCGCCUCCAGCUGCCUCUUCUUCUUCUGCUGCCAUGGUGUCCUCCGCCAUCCCCUCCUCGCUGACAGUACGACAAAGACACAACAGUGGCAACGCUGGCGCUUCCUCCGCAUCACAUUUCAGAGGAAAAGGCACCUCCCGACUCACUGACUCGACCGCCGCCUCUCGUGCAAGGGCAGCCGAGACGGCAGCGGAUCACCAAGCUCGAUUCAACAAGGAUGCUGGCACACUCGCCCGUCCGAGCACGCCUGUCUCUUUCCCAGCUCGGCCCGUACAUCGGUCUGCAUCGCGUAUCUCCAUCAACACACGCUCAAAGACUAGGCCAGAUCAGGAACGCCGCGGAUCUUCGGGCGAAAGUCAGCCUGUAGCUCGGCUUCUCAAACGCUCUGCUCCCUACGGAAGCGGCGCCGAGCUAGACGGCAUUGAGGAUUUACCGAAUGCAAGCAGCCCAAUUGUGCAGUCAGCCCGUCCUCAAACAUCCUCCAGCACCCCUGCCACAGCGGAAAGCAGCGCUGCUGCUUCGCAAAGGGCUAACAAACCAAAGCGCGGCGGUCGUUGUGGGGCAAAGAGCAAGCCGGCGCUGAUUCGCUCACUUGGUGCUGGCGCCUCCCCCGCCCACAAAUCUGUGAAGGGUAUGCGCUGGAAUGCUCAGGCGCUCCGCUGGGAAGGAAACGAAGGAGUCCUCCGGGAUUUUGACCAGGUCAUCCAGAGCAGCACCCGACCUGCGCUCAUCUCGCAACUCACCGGCAGCUCCACCAGCUCCGCACUGACGCAUGUCGCCGGAUACUCCUCGCCUCUGUCACCCGAGAGCAGCACUCUCAUGAGCCACAUUGCCUCCGGUGCAAGAGUGGUAGGUGAUAUGCUUUUCGACCCUGUGCAAAUGCGCUGGGUCAAAAAGUCCGGAGACGAAGAAGACGAUGUGUUUGCAGACUUCGAUAAGCCUACUGAAGAUGUCGUUGCCGCGCACAAGCCAUCCAAUCCCAAGAUCGAUGUCGAGGAUGACAACACUUUGCGCGCCCGCAGGACGCGGUCUACUGAGACCUUCAGCCGCUUCUCGAACCCUUGGACGCGGAUGAGCGAGAAACACGACUCCGGCUCCCCCGUACCAGAUGAGGAUGCACCUGAGCGCAGCGCCACUCGCAAGAACGACCAGGCGAUCCGUCGGGCCCUUUCCAGACACGCCUUCGCUUCAAGCGUUGGCAUCGACCGUGAACUCUGGGAUGCUUGUAUUCAGGCGGAGAAGAGACACGCUAUUGAGAUCGACGGCUGUUUCCCCACCACCGGAUCGCGCUUACGCACUCGGGCACAGUCCUCGACUUCAAGUCGAUCGAUGACAAUGGACGAGAUCGAUCGUCCUAGGCCUCACCUCUACUAUCUCGAGAAGAUUGCUAAGAGCAUCGUCAAAGAGAACAGGCCUUAG